AGUUGUAACACACAAUCAGUGCAAGUAAGAGCAUGGAACAUAAAGAGGAAGGAAAAUAGGCGGCAACCCUGACGUUCCUGGCACUCCCAAAGUGGAAAACUAUUUUUCAGAAGGCGUGACAUUUACAGAGCUUUCACUUUGAAAAGCGUCUGUUUUGUUUGUUUGUGAGCUUACAGGACGAUCGUGCUUCUUCAGGAAUUUAAAGGCGGUCAACAAAUUGUCGUCAGCAUGACUGGGGGGAUUAAGUGCCUCAAAUAUCUCAUGUUCAUAUUUAACUUGUUCUUCUGGCUUGCAGGCACUGCUGUGCUCGCCAUUGGUCUGUGGUUGAGAUUAGACCCGAAGACCAAAGGCCUGUUUGAAGGAUCAGACUCUCCAUAUGUGUUUUACACUGGUGUUUACAUCCUGAUUGGAGCUGGAGCACUGAUGAUGGUAGUGGGAUUUCUUGGAUGUUGUGGUGCCAUCCAGGAGUCUCCCUGCAUGCUGGGACUGUUUUUCUUCUUCCUGCUUAUAAUCUUCGCCAUUGAAGUCGCUGCUGGCAUCUGGGGAUUUUCCAACCAGAGCAAGGUGGUGGAUGACAUUACUACAUUCUACAUUCAGACCUACAACAACUACAAGCUCACGGGUGAUGAGCGUCUCAGAGAGACCCUGCGAGUGAUUCAAACUGGCCUGAGCUGUUGCGGUCCAAGUGGCACGGUAAUGGACACUGCCAAAGAAACCUGUCCUCGAGGAGAGCUGCUUGAGGAGCUGAUUACCAAGAGCUGCCCCGACGCCAUUGAUGAGGUGUUUAACUCUAAGCUGCACAUCAUAGGAGGAGUGGGCAUCACUAUCGGGAUCGUUAUGGUGUUUGGGAUGAUCUUUAGCAUGCUCCUGUGCUGCGCCAUCAGGAGGUCUCGGGAGGUGGUGUGACACCCGCUAAGUACGCAUCAUGGAGGCCUCAUUAAUGUUGCAUGAUGUCAUUCCUAAAGUCACAUGGCUCCCCACUGCCAAUAGAAUCACUGCUUGCUUGUUCAAGAGGGUCUGUGUAGUUGUCAGGCCCAGCUAUAGAAUGGUGCCACCUAUGCCUCAGUGAGAAUGUGAGCUAGAAAUGUAUCGCUUUAAAGAGAACUUGCUCUUUUUGGGAAUUUUGCUUAUUGUUCACAACCAUUAGACAAAAACACACAUUUUUCUUUUAAUGCUAGCAAAAGUCAGCUAACAACAGCCAUAAUGUGGUUUCAAUUUAUUCCGCCUAUAAAGCGCUGUAAAAAAAACUUCCAUCAUUGUUUUAUAUACACACUGUAAGUAUAAAUGUAAUUUCUAAUACCUUGUAAUAUUUAUGUAUUUUGAUUAUUUUAAGCAUACAAUAGCAGCAUACUAAGCAUCAUGUAGCAGUAUUGCUAAGUACUGAACAACAUUUACAAACUUUGAGCAUGAUAAAACUAUCACUUACUGAACAAUGUCUGCUCUCACUGGGAUGCACACUGAUGUGACUUUUAUAGACUCCCGUUUGAAUGAAGAAUUCAUCGUAAUCCUCAAAAAGGGAUUAAAAAAAAAAGUGCCGCGAAUAAGCGUCAUUUCCUGUCUUUCUCGCCAUCUCCGGGUAUAAGGUGACCGUCCAAUGCAGACCAACUUCUUGGUUUGCAUUGGAGAGAAUGAAGAGGCAUGAUUUGUAAUGCAGAAUUAACUUUCACUAACUCACCUAAGCUAGUUUGCAGUCCGUGAUCACGGUGCUGCUAAAAAUAGUUUGUUUGUAUUAGGGCUUAUAAUAACAAUAUGGCUUAACAUUCAGGUCACGAGAUGUAAAUGGAAUAUUGUUGGCGGUUUUUAGACAUUUUUUAAAAGGGCUUUAUGGUUAAAAAAGUGUUCCUCCAUUAGCUCCAUUGUUAGCCACAUUGUACUGGCAGGAUUUUGGGACUCAAAAUGCAUAAAAAAGAAAAACCUGUGUUAUUGUCUUACAUAAGGAUUUUGAAUGAUAGGCAAAAUUCCACAAAAAAAGUGCAUUCCCCCUUUAAAGGUCAUUUGAAUGAAUCUAGUGCUUGCGUAAUGCAAAUGAUCUUUACAAAAGAUCAUCUUGUUGUGUAUUGAUCACAUGCUGUUGUUCAUGUUGGGCCACCCUAUUGGCAAGAGGAGUUAAGUACCACAGCCAAAAAAACACCUCUUCAAAAAAAGCCAAAUACAUGAUUGAAUUGAUUUUUAGCCAAUGGAACACUAAAUUGGUAAUAUUUUUGUAAUGUAGAAUUUAAUAAGAGGCAUCCCAGCUCAUUUCUGACAUGCGGUCAACUUUUUUUAAAUGCCUUCAUGUUUUUUCACUUGUUAUUAUUGUUUUUCCUGUCAAAUAUAUAUAUAUAUACAUAUAUAUAUAUGUAUUACACUGUUCUUGGAUGUAUUACACAUUACAUUUGGAUGUGAUUUUAAGUAUUUUCAAACAUCAUUUUACACAUCUUUGGUUCAUUUAUACAAUACACUCACGCACGUGUGCACACACACACACACACACACACACACACACACACCAUUUCUAGAGCCAAAUAAAUCAAAAUGGAUUUAGUUGUUGUUCUGAUCUGACUUGUUCCGAGUACUGCAUUACAUUUCAUGAGGAACGAUCUUGGAGGCGGCGCCAUAUUUGUUUUAUGGGUGGACCGUAUGUGUGUAACUCAUGUUUGAUUUAAAGCACAAGACGCAGCUAUGGGCCGUUUUUGUACUUGUUGAUGACGCGACUUGAUAAAAAAAAACUCCCUGUGAUGACUGGAUCUAGUGUGUGUCUGAUUAAGCAAAGGGGAAGCAUGCAGUGAUUUGGUUGUUGACAGCCGGGUCCUGGCCCACUUCUCUUUCUGGCCUUUGCCCUCAGACUCUCACUACAGAUAACGCUGAUUAUAAAGAGGAAUGCUUAAAUUAA